AUGGCUUCCUCAGAUUCCUCCGCACAGGACCCGCAUGAUAUGACGUUGGUUCUCGACCAGUUUGUCUCUUUGAGCCUCGGCACCGAUUCGCUCCUCAUAGUCGAUGACCGCACUAGCCGCAAAGUAAAUCGUCGCUGCUGCGGGUUGCUGAAGUCUAGUAACCGUGCGCACUUAGAACCAGAAACUACCCAUGCCAUCUCUUUGUAUAACAUUCUCGGCGCCGAAGUGACAGCCUCGAAUAUCGUCAUUGCUUAUGCACAUCCUAUUGCCAAGGACGAUGUUUCCGUUACGACCGUCCAAUACCCAAUCAAAAAGAAGGCCGUCGAAAAAUGGGUUGAGAAACUGCUUGAGCUGGCUUAUGGUAAGGCGCUUCGGGGCAAGCGCCUGAAGAUCUUAAUAAACCCCUUUGGUGGGAAAGGCACGGCUACAAGCUUGUACCACAGAUACGCGGCACCGAUCUUCGCAGCGGCGAAGUGCCAGGUGGAUGUGGAAACCACUACACACCAGGGACAUGCAAUUGAUAUCGCAGAGAAUCUUGAUAUUGACGCCUACGAUACAGUCGUUUGUUGCUCGGGGGAUGGGUUACCAUACGAGAUCUUCAAUGGCUUGGGCAAGCGACCAGAUGCUCGAAAAGCACUGACUCAAACUGCUGUUGCGUUGCUCCCCUGCGGUUCUGGAAAUGGACUCACUUGGAACGCUUUUGGAACUGGCAGUGUCUCGAUUGCGGCGCUAGCAGUUGUCAAAGGGCUGCGAACACCGCUUGAUCUUGUUUCGAUCUCGCAAAAAGACUCGCGCACACUGUCUUUCCUCUCACAAUCUUUCGGCAUCGUCGCUGAGUGUGAUUUGGCCACUGAGAACAUUCGAUGGAUGGGCGCUCAGCGAUUUACAUAUGGCUUCCUAGUCCGAUUGAUGCGGCAGACCAUAUGGCCAUGUGAUAUUGCUGUUAAGGUGGUUAUUGGCGACAAAGAAGCAAUCAAAAAACACUACGCCACGUGGUUGACACGCCCCGAUGAGUUGGAUGCCGACGCCAAGCGAUUAGAAGCCGCAGCUCAAUCCCCUGGUCUGCCUGAGCUCAAGUAUGGCACAGUAACGGACGCUGUACCCGGGGACUGGGAUGUCAUACCAGGAGAAACCAUGGGCAACUUCUACGCAGGAAACAUGGCGAUUAUGUCGAAGGACACAAACAUGUUCCCUGCUACGUUGCCCAACGAUGGACUCCUGGAUGUUGUUACUAUUGACGGAAAAGUCAGUCGUGGCACUGCAAUCACGAUGAUGAACGAAAUUCCCAGUGGUCGCUUCUUCGAUAUGCCUGAACUCAAUAUUCGUAAAGCGUCUGCGUUCCGCCUGACUCCUCACCAAAAGGAGGGAUACAUCAGCAUCGAUGGCGAGCGGGUGCCCUUUGAAGCCUUCCAAGCUGAGGUCCAUCAGGGUUUGGGCACAAUACUCACCAAGUCGGGUCGUCUCUACGAGGCGGAAGGCCCCCGAUAA